GCACCAGGGCGGUCCUCCCAGAGACCUGGCAGGUGUGGAGGGGGCCAGUUCAGCCCCCUCGAGGUGAGGAGCCCAGCAGAGCGACCCCAGGGCCCCGGGCUGGCCCUUCUGGGAGGUGACCAGUGGAGAUGACAGCCAGGCAGAGCGAUCAGUCCAUUGGAGACACCUCCGGAUCAGGCAGGAUCAGGCCUCGGGCGCACUGGGCCCCGACACAGGGGCGGGGCAGGAGCGGACAAGGCAUGGGGCUCCUCAUGGCUUCGCCUCGGCGGCGAGUGCAGACCUCCCGGCUUCAGUCUCCAUCUGUGAAACGGGCUGUGCGGGGAAGUGGGUCCCGGAGACCCGGAGUUCUCAGUCAGUGUUGCUAGCUCCAACUCGCGCCUACCUGGCCCAGCCCCAACGAGGGGACAGUGAAGCGGGCCCCGCUCUGUGGGAGCCGCGGGGUCCCCUUCGGCGCUCGGGGACGCCCAGUGUGGCUCCGGGGCUCGCUGACCCGGGCAGUCCCGCGCCUUGGCUGUGCGCUCUGGCCAAUACGGUAGCGGGCGGGAGGGCGCCUACUCCAGGCAAUACGGCGGCGGCUCCUCCCUUGGCGCGGUCACGUCCCCCACGUCCCGCGCGCGGCCAUGCAGGGGGGCUGGGGCGGGGCCGUGCGGAGCAUCCUCUCUCCCAACGCCCCCACCCCAGCCCCCCGCUGCCGGCGAGGUCGGCCUGACCCCCACCUGCCCAGCCAGAAGCUGGAACGGGAAGGAGCGUCCGUUGUCCGUCCUGCACCCUCGGGUCCGGUGGGGGUGGUGGUGGGUGGAGCUUAGGGUCCCUCCACAUCCUCCUCCCCAGCCGUUCUCCCCUCCUCAGCCACCUCCCCUCUCCUACUUGUUCCAAAGGCCCUAUGGUGGCCCUAUGGUGGUGGGAGCUGGGAACCCAGUUUUGGUGGAAGGGGGCCCCUCUUGGCUGGUGGGGCUUGCCGACACAGAGACCACCUUCUGGGCCUUGGCCUUAGGUUACAGGCUUUCGGGUUGGGGGGCUGUAGGGAGUUGAGGAAUGGGACAAGGUGGCCACGUGGAUGGGCAGGCCAGGCACUCGCAGGCUGGGCAGGGUUGGGUCAAGGCCUGGAGGGGGGCAACUUGGGCCUGCUCAACUACCUCCUGGCCCCUCCUCAUUGCCCACUGAGCUCUCUAGAGGAGGGGGCUCUAACAGGGUAAGCACAAAAACAUCCCCAGGGCCACUCUCGAAUGGCCUUCUCCUGUCAUAACAGGGUGAUGGUGGUGGAGCGGAGAAUGACUCAGAGCUAGGGGCUGGCCUGGGGCGCAGUGUCCAAUCUGGUGAAUGAGGCCACUGUUUCCACCCCACCGGCCCCUGCAAGAGGACGUGAGCCCACCUGAGAGUUUGCAGGGGCACUGGGCAUGCGGUGGAGAGCUGUGUGGUCAGUGGAGGUGGGGUGGAGGGCCCAGGCCACCCACUGCCCGGCUCCCACCUCCCCAGAAAAAGCCCCAGUCACCUCCCUCCAGUCACAGCUCCUAACACAGGGAGCUGGUUUAUAGCUCGCCGCUGGUGGGGAGACACGAGAGCUUCAGUGGGCAGCAAGCGGCUGGAUCCAACACGCCCUCCCUUCCCCACGCCUGCAGCAAGGCCUACUCUGUCCUUGAAACAGCUUCUGUCAGGGACGCGGAACCAGCCCUCCUGGCCAUGGGAGGGGCAGUGGUCGAAGAGGGCCCGACGGGCGUCAAGGCCCCAGAUGGGGGCUGGGGCUGGGCCAUCCUUUGGGGCUGUUUUGUCAUCACAGGCUUCUCCUACGCCUUCCCCAAGGCGGUCAGCGUCUUCUUCAAAGAGCUCAUACGAGAGUUUGGGAUAGGCUACAGUGACACAGCCUGGAUCUCCUCCAUCCUGUUGGCCAUGCUGUACGGGACAGGCCCGCUCUGCAGCGUGUGUGUGAAUCGCUUUGGCUGCCGGCCUGUCAUGUUCACAGGUGGCCUCUUGGCGUCCCUGGGCAUGGUGUCUGCAUCCUUCUGUGGAAGCAUCAUCCAGCUCUACUUCACCACUGGGGUCAUUACCGGCUUGGGUUUGGCGCUCAACUUCCAGCCCUCACUCAUCAUGCUCAACCGCUACUUCAACAAGCGGCGCCCCAUGGCCAACGGGUUGGCGGCAGCGGGCAGCCCGGUGUUCCUGUGCGCCCUGUCCCCACUGGGGCAGGUGCUGCAGGACCACUAUGGCUGGCGGGGUGGCUUCCUCAUCCUGGGUGGCCUGCUGCUCAACUGCUGCGUGUGUGCUGCACUCAUGCGGCCCCUGGAGGCGCCCCGGCUGGGUUCAGGUUCAGGGCCUGGGCCCCAGCGGCCACCCCGGCGGCUCCUGGACCUGAGCGUCUUCAGGGACCGCGGCUUUGUCAUCUAUGCCCUGGCCGCCUCCAUCAUGGUGCUGGGGCUCUUUGUGCCGCCCGUGUUCGUGGUGAGCUACGCCAAGGACCUGGGUGUGCCCGACACCCAGGCAGCCUUCCUGCUCACCAUCCUGGGCUUCAUCGACAUCUUCGCGAGGCCCACCGCCGGCUUCAUCACAGGGCUCAAGAAGGUGCGGCCCUACUCUGUGUACCUCUUCAGCUUCGCCAUGUUCUUCAACGGCUUCACCGACCUCACGGGAUCUACAGCCAGUGACUACGGUGGCCUGGUGGUCUUCUGCAUCUUCUUCGGCAUCUCCUACGGCAUGGUGGGGGCCCUGCAGUUCGAGGUACUCAUGGCCAUUGUGGGCACCCAGAAGUUCUCCAGUGCCAUUGGCCUCGUGCUGCUGCUGGAGGCCAUAGCUGUGCUCAUUGGGCCCCCGUCGGGAGGCAAGCUCCUGGAUGCGACGCACGUGUACCAGUAUGUGUUUGUCCUGGCGGGGGCUGAGGUGCUGGCCUCCUCCCUCGUGCUGGUGCUGGGCAACUUCUUAUGCAUUGGGAAGAGGCCCGAGGCGGCCACGGAGGAGGAGCAUCACAAGCCCCCCGAGGACGUGAAGGUGGACUCUCGGGAGGUGGAGCAAUUCCUGAAGACAGAGCCUGAGAAGAACGGGGAGGUCGUUCACACCCCAGAAACGAGCGUCUGAGCUGGGGGAGGCCAGCAGGGGUGGCAGGGAACUGGACAGGAACCAUCAAUGCUCGUAUUUAUUUCACAAACAGGACUAGCUUGGGCGGGGCCGUUGGCUCCACGCCGGCCGCCCGGGCAGCGGAUCAUCGCCCGAUCAGUGUUUUUCAGGGGAGGUGGCAGGGUGGAAACGUGUCAUUCCAAGGUGGAUCUGUGGUGAAGCCAAGCCGUGAGGUUAUGAGCGGUCUGCACCAGGGACCCCACCUGCUGACCCCAGGGAGCCCGGUGCCCACCGCUGGGCUCAAGGACCCAGAGACCCACGCUUUGGAGACAACACGAUUUUAAUCAGGGGGCAGGGCCGGGGACAGCUGCGGAGUGGGCACUGCCACGACAGGCCUCCCCGCGUGCCCGUGAGCACCCCAUCCUGCCUGGUCUCCCCAUGCGCCCCAGCCCACCCCUCUUUGAGCGUCCAGUGGACAAAGGUCCCUCCUUCACCUCUGAAGGUUUGAGAUAAACCUGCAUGUGGGAGGCACCAUCUCAGAAGGAAUAUCUUCCAGGAGCUGCAGGAGUUUUGCUCUACGUAGGGGCAGUAUUCUAACUGUUCACCCCAAAUCUCACUUUCUUAACAAAUAGCCUGGUUAUUUUUACAAAGUGGUUCUGGUCCUUGUCAGCCAUGUCGGCCUUCUAAGCACUGCUGGUUCUGGACCCUGCCCUGAUGGACCCCAAACGGCUCAGAGUGUUCACACAGCACCCUGGUGGCUGGCAGGGAAGGGGCCACGCUGCAGGGGUGUGUCCACUGAAGCUGAGAUAUACGUGUGGUUUCUGUUCACUGGUGUGUGUUUAAAGAAAAUGAUCUGC